AUGGGCACAUGUAAAGACUUCCUACUCGUGUUUGACCCAAUUAUCUCUCUCUCUCUCUCUCUCUCUCUCUCUCUCUCUCUCUCCCUCUGUUCGAUUCCUUUCUCUAAGCACUUUAUUAUAACACUCUCUCUCUUUUUCCCUACUUACUCGCUCUUUUUUUUCUCCGGGUCCUUUUGCUUUCUCUUUAUUCUCUCUCUCUCUCUCUCUCUCUCUCUUACUCUCUCACUCUACCUUGCUUUUUCUCUCUGUUGUUUUUUUUUUCAUUCUGCCCCCCAUUACAGAUAUCAUGUUUUGAAAUCUAUACUCAGUUUAUACGGCGUCAAUUUGUCAAAUGUUUUCUGUUCCUGUUCCCCCUCGUGUGCUUCACAUAAUAACAGGAUGGUCAGCAAAGCCGACUGGCUGAGCAUAUGGUUUGGCAUCAGACAAAGCGAAAUUCAGUCAAUAACCUCCGUCCUUUGUUCCUUCCUUCCUUUUCAUUUCUUUCUUUUUCUUUUUCUCAAUCUUGGGUCUUCUGAAAAUUCGUCUGCUCUGGGAAUGAGACACGAUUUCAAAUUAACUUUAAAUUUAAAUAUUCUUUCUUUCUUUCUUUCAUUCAUUCUUUCUUUCUUUCUUUCCCUUUUUGUUUCUUUCUUUCCUUCUUUCUUUCCUUCUCUUUUUCUUUCAUUUUUUUUCCUUCUUUCUUUCCUUUUUCUUUCUUUCUUUCUUUCUUUCUUUCUUUCUCUCUUUUUUCCUUCUUUCUUUCUUUUCUCGUUAAUCUUAUUUUCUUUUUAG